AUGUCUGACUUACCAUCCAUUAGGCCAAAGCAUUCAAGGUCAACGUCUAUAACAACAUCGACUUCGAAAACUACUUCUCAUCAAAGAAAGUCUUCUUUGCAACUACUGCAACAACAACAGCAACAACAGCAACAGCAACAACAGCAACAGCAACAGCAACAGCAACAGCAACAGCAACGUCAUAUAAACCCUUCUAUUGUUAAAUCCACUGCAGCUACAAAUCUUUAUAACACUCAAUGGAAUUUAUCUCGGUUUAUUAAUUCUAUUAUAUUAAGAGUUCAUUCCUUCUUAAACCCUCCAGGUUCCCUUUUACCUCAUGCAAAACAUGCCAAUGUUGCAUUUGGUGGCACUGCUAAACGACCUCGUCUCAUCACUUACCUUACUCAUUCCCGGCUAUUGAGAUUUAUAAUCUUGUUUUACAUUAUAUUUUCUGUCUUUUUAUCAUUAAAUCAUACUUGGAAGUAUCUUACCUCAACCGAUAAGCUAUCACAACGACAACAACAGAAAGUUGUCAAAAGUAAAAAUAAAUAUUGGAUACCUCAAAGAACAUAUGAUCAAGAUGAAUCUUAUUCCCUUCUAGAUGAAAUCACUCAUGGAUUAAAGAUGCAUAAACUAUUCAGUAAAAGUUAUUAUGAAGCAGCUAAAAAUAUCCAACCUUUCUGGAAAAAGGCAACAACAGUACCUGAAAAAGAUGGAGUCACUGUUAUAACGACUUUUACAACUGAGACAUGGAAUGAAUUGAAGGAGUUGAUUCGUCAUUGGGAUGGACCUAUUUCAGCUACCCUUCAUAUUGAUCAAAAUGAUGAAUCAUCUAUUGCACAAAUCAAUCAAGAAUAUAAAGAUAUACCUGAAUUGAAUCGUAACGUUGAUUUACAUCUUGUUCCUAUGAAUAGCAAUAAAGUAAAUGUCUUAUUUCCUCGUAACGCUGAGCGUAACUUGGCCAGAUUAUUCGCUCGUACAGAUUAUGUAAUGGACUUGCCCGCUGGAGUCAUCCCUGCCACUGAUCUUCGUCGCACGCUUGAUAUGAACAGAGAUCGUAUCGAUCAUCUUCUAAAGACAGGAGACAUGUUAGCUAUUCCUACUUUCAAAUUUACGAAGGGUAAUGACAUAACUGUCAGUAUACCACAUGAUAAAUCACAACUUAUCAUUAAAUUAAGUCAGGAUGAAAUGGUACUAGAAGAUCGUCAUUGGAAAGAAAACGAAGGUCCUACUGACUUGGAACAUUGGAUGGAUGCUGAAUCAUUAUAUGCUAUAAAAAAAUACGAAUUUCAUUAUGAGCCUGUUGUGAUAGAAUCUAAAACAAUUCAGCCAUGGUGCUCUGAAAGGUUUUUAGACAGUCGUGCUGCUUGUAUCUUUUCAAGUUAUUUACAGGGAAAUGAAAUAUGGAUUUUACCAAAUGAUUUUAUGGUUUCUUUGCCAAGACAAGCUGAAAUAUCUGAUUUUGAUAAUGUGGUUGAAAAUCGUAUUUAUGCUAAAUUUUAUUGGGAACAAUGUGUAUAUCAAGCAAGACAAUUAGAUGCUUUAGGGCUUUGGAAGACACCUCGAUCUCAACAUAUUCGAAAUCAAUGUUCUCGUGUCAUCCAAAAUUGGGGUAAAGGUUUGAUUGGGAAACCAGAAUAA